GUACCAUAGAGUUCGGAAAGGGGAGCGAGUAGCUGAACCGGAAGGAAGGCCAAGAGCGAAGGCGGCGAGGCAAGAUGGCGGCGACCAAGAGGAAGCGGCGUGGAGGUUUGGCAGUUCAAGCGAAGAGGCCAAAAAGAAGCGAAAAAGAUGCCAGGCUGCCUCCUAAGCAGCGCGACGUGGCAGAAGAGCCGGAGGAUGAAGAGAGAAACCGUAUCCCAGGCCCCGUUUGCCAGGGCAAGUGGAAAAAUAAGGAACGGAUUCUCAUCUUUUCUUCCAGAGGAAUAAAUUUCAGAACAAGACAUUUAAUGCAAGACUUAAGAAUGUUGAUGCCUCAUUCUAAAGCAGGUCCAGAAAUGCCUUCAUUGUAAUGCUCUCAGAGGUCAUGGUUUGUCCUUUGAAAUGAUUCAGGACUGCCAUGUAUUUAUUGCUUUGUGCAUUAAAAAACAAAAAAAGGCCGACCGAGUGGCUCAGUUGGCUAAACGCAUGCUCAAGAGUGCGA